AUGCCAUUGCUUUCUACCUGGAAGCUGAUCAAGGACUACAAGAACCAUCAGAUCGUGUUGAAGCAGGUGUGCGACAGAAGAAUGGCUUUGGAUAAGGACAAGCCGGACUUCAUGCAGCAUCUGAUGUCGAGGAAGGGAGGCAUUUCUUUCUCGAAAGAGGAAAUCUACAGCAAUGCGAUCCUGAUCACACUUGGAGGCGCAGAGACGACUUCCAACACUCUGUCUGGUUCAGUCUUUAUGCUUGCAACCGAUCCCAAUGUAGCUGCCAAAGUCGUUGAGGAGCUUCAUGCCACUUUCGCCUCCGAGGACAAGAUCGACAUGCGAAGUGCUUCCAAGCUCAGUUACCUGAAUGCCGUCAUCAGAGAGACAUUGAGGUAUUAUCCACCGGGGCCUAAUGCCAUGUGGAGAAUGACGCCGCCAGAGGGGAACACCAUUCUCGGCGACUGGGUGCCGGGCAACACUGUUCUGAGCUUGCAUCACAGAGUGAUCUACCGCGGCGAGCACAGUUGGAGGCGCCCAGAUGAAUUCCUUCCCGAACGCUGGCUGAGCGAGGGCAAGACGUCAGAAUUCGCAAACGAUCGCAGAGACGGAUUUUAUCCGUUUUCCUACGGCCCUCGUAGCUGUCUCGCCAUGAAUCUUGCUUAUGCCGAAAUGCGCUUCAUACUCGCUCGCUUGAUGUGGAACUUCGAAAUCAAAAUUGCAGACAAGAGCCGGAACUGGCUGGAGGAGCAGAAGGCAUAUUUGAUUUGGGAGAAGCCGGGCCUGCAUGUCCAUUUGACGCCAAGAAAGAUGAAGGAGCAGUCCUAG